AUGCCCCUGGCGGCUGCCACCUUCCUAGACACCCCAUGGUACCUGGAGUACAGUUUCGUCAGUUGUGAGCCCUUCCUGGCAUACAAACCUGUGAAUGGGAGUGUGACAUUCCAUGCAUCAAACUAUGUGCCUUCUAAAGAAAUCCUUUGGAAAAAGCAAAAGGAUAAAGUUGUGGAAUGGGAAGAAGCCAUCCUAUACAAAGAGUUCCCACCUUUUGAAAAAAGGGUCCAUUUAGACACUAAGACAGGUGCCCUCACUAUCUCCGAUUUGACCUCAGAAGAUGAGGGCGAGUAUGAAAUCGAAUCCCCAGGCAUUAAAGAUACUGCCAGGUUCUCACUCUACGUGCUUGAGCCGCCUUCAUCUCCAACACUAAAUUGUACUACAACUGGUGAAAACAUUACAGUGCAGUGUGAAGUACCGGGACAUAACAUUAGCCAUCCAGAACUUAUAAAGUACUCAUGGAAUUGCUCUGCAGAGCAAUGUAAAAGUAACUCAGCAACCCACAUGCAUUUUAACAUGGAAAAUGCUCCUUUAGAGACUAUACAGUGCAGUGUUACAAAUUCGUUAUUUAGCAAGACGUCGUCGAUCGAUUUGGCAACCUGUGUCCCGAGCAGUGCCCAUUCGAGGAACCGGUUUAUGAUUCUACUACCGAUUACACUGUGUGUGGCAGCUGCAAUGUGUCUGGUGCUGUUUGUGCAAGGCAUUCUGAAAUGUAGCAGAGAUACAGACAGAACCAACGCCAGUUGACUGGUAACAGAAGAUGAAAGAAAGAAUAUCUAGAUUAUUUAAAUAAUUCUAAAAAGCCAUCUCUCGUUUGAGUAUUACAUCUCUUCGAAGACACCUUGGAAGUCUUAACCAGCAGCAAUACUUCACCAGCAGCUGAUUUUUUUAAGAAGAAAUAUUAACUAAGAACAAAAUCUGUUUUUACUGUUACCAACACCUUGUAUAACUUGGUGUCUAAACUGUUUUUAUUGUAGAGAUGUACAUAAAUAAAUGUAAAAUUAUGUAAAUAACUGUAAAAUAUGUACAAACAUAAUGAGGUGGUUUGACCAUUUUCUCCCGUUAGAAAAAUAAAAGUUGUUGGGACCAACA